GUGACUUCCACUUAGCUAUUUGGACUGGUGUUGACUGGUUAAAACAACUCCUUGUUGAGGAUUACCUCUGUAGUAGAUAUGAGGGCAGGUCUACUGCGUCCACUGCUCUUCACGUCGCUUUAGAUUUGCUCCACACAGUGUUGACCCACCCUCUAACAGUGACUCUGCAGAUACUGUCACGAGUGCAACGCUUUCUAUUAAGCCAGGAACAUGUCCAUGUUCAGCACGGGCAUCCUUGUGCUGACGUCUCCCCUCCACACACUCCCGCUGCGCAUUGCUCCAGUGCUCAGCUCAGCUGCCCAGCUUGUAGAGCGCACACUGUACGUCCAUCUCCACCCUGGGUUGAACUUGGGAGGUGGGAACCAGCCACGGCCAGUUUUCAUUCCACCAGCAGUCGACCUAUCUACCCUCAUUACCCGCCUUUACAGCAAUGCAGCUGAUGUCUGCGGGCACCUGGAUGUUCGCGUUUUGCUGACUAAUGUUCGUGCUCAUUCGGCAACAAGCAGCGGGACCACGAUUCCAAGCAGCCCCUUCCCCACGCCACAGCCUUUGUCUCACUCCCCGGAGGUGGUGCUAACAGACUUUCCUCUGCAGGACCCAGGUCAGUCCCAUCAGGUUUCACAAUGCCUGCAGAAGUACACUGGCCACUGCUACGUCUGCAGCCCCAGUCUGUCCUCAGUGCUGCUUCACCCACAACUAAUGAAGCUGCAGGAGAAAGAGGAAGGGCUGAAGGAACCAGAAGAAAAGGUGGAACCCUUGGAAACCUACAGUGAUGUGGUAGUAGGGGGGACGUUUGACCGGCUCCACGGGGCCCAUAAGACGCUGCUCAACAUCUCAUGCCUGCUAGCCAGUAGAAGGUUCCUUAUUGGUGUGUGUGACCAAGCAAUGCUGAAAAAAAAGGUGCUUAAAGAGCUCAUCGAGCCUUACUCUCUGAGGGUCCAGAGGCUGCAGGAGUUCUUGCAAGACAUCAAGCCUUCUCUGCAGGUGGAGAUCGUGCCUCUCGAUGACCCCUUUGGAGCGUCUAUAGUUGACCCCCUGCUGCAGUGUAUUGUGGUUAGUGAGGAGACGAAGAGGGGAGGCGAGGCUGUCAACAAGAAACGUGCUGAGAAUGGCCUUCCAGCUCUUGUUCUUCAUGAAAUCCAGUUACUUAAGGAUGCCCACCACACCGAGACAGAGGAGGAGAAGAUCAGCUCCUCCAGUCUUCGCUCUCGCCUGCUGGGUACCCUCCUUAACCGGCCUAAGGACACAUCCCAUCUCCCCCCACUUCCAUAUGUGAUUGGUUUGACGGGAGGCAGCGGCAGUGGAAAGAGCUCCAUCGUCAGGCAGCUGGAGGCCUUGGGUGCAGUUGGGAUUGACUGUGACAAGUUGGGCCAUGAGGUGUACCAGCCAGGCACAACAGCCUAUCACAGAGUGCUGGAAGAAUUUGGGUCAGAUAUUCUAAAUGAAGAUAAAACCAUCAACAGACGUGCAUUAGGAAGGAAAGUUUUUGGAAACCAGGAACGGUUAAAAGCCCUAACAGACAUUGUAUGGCCAGAGAUUGCACUUCUGGCGAAGAACAAAGUCAGCCAAGCCAGAGAUGAAGGUAAACAGAUUUGUGUGAUGGAUGCAGCAGUUCUUCUGGAGGCAGGAUGGAUGGACAUGGUCCAUGAGGUCUGGGUCACUGUCAUCCCAGAGGAGGAGGCAGUGUCAAGGAUAACCGAGCGAGACGGUGUGACCACAGAAGACGCCCUGCGGCGGCUGCAGAGCCAGUGGUCCAACAGCAAGCAGGUAGCGCACGCCAACGUAGUGCUCAGCACACUGUGGGAGCCAGAGGUCACGCGGAAACAGGUACUGAAGGCUUGGAAUCUUCUCCAACAGAGAAUCCAACAGAGACCAGAGGGACAAUAGGAAGUCACAUCAGCUCAGCUGUGACCACUGCAUACAGAACCAGCAUGUGUCAGGCCCAGGCACAUGUUUGCACAAAUGACUGAUCCACAUAAAGAAAACUCUGCCUUAGAAAGAAGUGAGAAUGGUCUCUGUGCCAUUGCAGCAAAACACCCAACAAGCUCCCUCACUUCUUUGACCAAGACUCAGUGCCUGAUUGAAUUUCCACAGGUUUUUAAAUUCUAGUUUUAUUCUACAAAGCUUAGUUGAAAGAUGGAUUGGUAAGGAAAAAGUUAAUUUUUUAAAUGAUCCCUAACAACAAAGUAGUUUUGCAAUUUGCAAGCUAGAAGUCUCAUUUGGGGAUUCAUAAAGUGCUAUCUUAAGAAUUGUAGAUCUGCUUUUAUCCAAAGAUGUUUUCAUGAAUGGCAUGCCUUUAAAUAAAAAUGCCCAACAUUCACCAAUUGUAGAUAAUUCCAAAAGACCAGCGAAGAUCUGCUAAUUCUAAUCAUUUAGGCGCCUUGUCAACAGGUGACACUUUACAAGUUCUGUCUUCUCUCCAUGUCUUCUAAAUAUAAUAAUAUGAAUGUAGAUUAGACAAGCAAUUAAUAAUAAAGCAAAGGUGAGUUACUGUGUUGAAAGACUGUAAUUGCCACUGUUGAAUCAUAGAAUUGAAUUAUGUGUUA